AUGUCCAAAAUUGAACGUCUGACUUUCCGAGUGGAGAAGCUGCUUUCUAAAGCGGUGCAGGAGGUUCUGGAGGUGGUGAAAGAGACUGUAUCAGAGUACCAGGAGAAAACUGCCCGAACACAGAGAGAGAACCAGAGUCUGAAGAGGAAGCUGCAGGAGCUCCAGGACAAGUUACAACCGGAGAGCAAUGAAAUUGUGGCACACAUUUUGCAGCUUCCUGUGAUGGAGCAGAAACCGAAAGAAGAGCUGGAAGAGGACAUUGAAGUCGUCCCCUCUGAUAAGGACAUUGCAGUCAUCUGUCCGUUGCACGCAGGGGAUUACAAGAAACACAACAGGGUGCACACGGGGGAGAAGCCGUUCUGCUGCUCGGUGUGCGGGAAGCGCUUCAGUCAGUCGGGCUACCUGACGGUGCAUCUGCGCUACCACACAGGAGAGAAGCCGUUUAGCUGCAUUCACUGUGGCAAAAGUUUUAGUCACUCAAGCAACCUGAAGAAACACCUUCAAACUCAUCUGUGA